AUGGAUACGGUUGGCACAUUUGAGAUGGCAAAAGCGCUCUGCCCACAUAAAGUAUUCACAACUAUCCAUAAACAUUACACGUUAGACGAGUGGAAAGAAUUCUAUGCGGAAUUCAAGGAAACUCCAAUGUUCAACCACGUCGCUGUCUCUUCAGGAAUAUCUGAUCGCGAUUUUGAGAAGCUGAAGGAAAUAUGUGACGAGGUGCCAGCUCUGGAAUACAUUUGUAUUGAUGUGGCCAACGGUUACUCCGAAUAUUUUAUUGAAUUUAUCCGAAAAGUUCGAGAGGAGUUUCCAAGGCAUACCAUUAUGGCAGGAAAUGUAGUCACGGGUGAAAUGGUCGAGGAGCUGAUUCUCUCCGGUGCUGAUAUAGUCAAGGGAAUUGGUCCAGGAUCUGUUUGCACCACACGCAAGAAGGCAGGAGUUGGAUAUCCUCAACUUAGCGCUACCAUGGAGUGCGCAGAUGCUGCACACGGCUUGAAUGGGCACGUAAUAAGCGACGGUGGUUGCACAACCCAGGAGGAUGUAGCUAAAGCGUUUGGUGGAGGCGCUGACUUUGUGAUGAUAGGAGGUCUAUUGGCGGACAUUGAUCAAAGCUCAGACACGGCAAUGCAUAAGCAUCACGGAAGUGUUGCAGAAUACAGGGCUAGUGAAGGCAAAACCAUCACGAUUCCUUAUAGGGGAGACGUGAACAACACCAUACAAGACAUACUAGGAGGAAUCAGAUCUGCGUGCACUUAUACUGGAGCGGCUAAACUUAAGGAGCUCGCAAAACGUACGACAUUUAUCAGGGUCACGCAGCAAACGAAUGACAUGUACGUUCCUUAUGAAGUCUAG